UAUUUUUCUCUAUUGCCGCUUUUGGUUCCUCCUCCUCCUCCUCCUCUUCGGCGGAUCCAUCCCCCUUGUAAUGAGGGUGGGAGAGAUCGAAGCCGGAUCUGAUCUCUCGAGUUCCUGCUGGAAUUCGCCGCCGCCUCUCGGAACCAAGCUUCGGAUCCAGCUCUUCUCUUCACAUCCGUGAACCCGGAAGAACCUUAAAAUCAUCUUGCUCCAGCGGUUCCGAGGGCUUGCAUUCGGCCCCCUUCUUCCGACUGCGUUCCCUGGUGGAGAUCUCGAGUCGGUUCACUCUCGUUAGCACAGCUUGACGUAAGAUUGGUCUUGUUUUUGUGUUUGUGUUUGUGUUGGCAAUUAUGGUUUCUGCUGCUCGAUCUUGGUUCUGAAUCGUAUCCCGUAGGCUUCUGUUAGUUUGUUCGCCACUGUGUUUUUCUCCUUCAUAGUCUCCACGUCUCAUCUUAGGGCUUCAGGGAGGAGUAGUAGUUUUCUAGAUCAAUCGCAUCUAAUAAUGUCAGUUUCCUAUUUCAUUUCCACCAAGAAUUAUCGUUGUUGAUGUGUCGAAUCUUUCCACAUUCAAGUCCUCAAGUGGCAUCGGUAUUUUAGAUUCCGUGCAUGCCAUUCUUGUCGCCCAACUCCCGCAGCAAGAGCUUGAUCUAAGCGCCUCCACUAUUUUGGCACCAUGUGGAAGCAGUUCCUGAGUAAAUUACCUCACAAGUCUUUCCAAUCCGAUGCUUCUUUGGAUCUCACUCAUCUCCCGCCCGGCAACAACGGGACGGGUUCCGUGAACGGGAACUCAAUCCAUCGGACUAACAGUGACAAUGUGGUUUCCUCCCGAUCUACCACUAUGAAGCGGACUGCUUCUGCUAUCUUCCCAUCGAAUGUUGUCACUAGCGCCGAACCUCUACUGUUAUUCAAAGAUGUCCCUAAUGCGGAAAAACAGAACCUUUUCAUCAGUAAAUUAAACUUCUGCUGCCUUGUCUUCGAUUUCUCUGAUCCAAACAAGAACUCCACUGAGAAGGAUAUGAAGCGGCAGGUGCUGUUAGAUCUCAUUGGUUAUGUUGAUGCUGGGACUUCUCGGUUCACUGAACCUGUCAUUUCUGCUAGCUGUAAAAUGAUCGCCAUUAACUUGUUUAGGGCCUUCCCUCCAAACACGCGAUCCGGUAAUGGUGGUGGGGAGGCUGAAGAGGAAGUGCCAGUGUACGAUUCUGCUUGGACCCAUCUGCAACUUGUCUAUGAUUUACUUCAAAAGUUUAUAGAGUCCUCAUACCUUGAUAGUAAAAUAGGAAAGAAAUAUAUAGAUCAUUCAUUUGUCAUGAGACUGCUUGACCUCUUUGAUUCCGAGGAUCCCAGAGAGAGGGAUUGUUUGAAAACAAUAUUGCAUAGGAUCUAUGGAAAAUUUAUGGUGCAUCGCCCUUUCAUCCGAAAAGCAGUGAGCAACAUAUUCUACCGUUUUGUGUUUGAGACAGACCGCCAUAAUGGGAUUGUGGAGAUUUUAGAAGUUUUUGGCAGUGUGAUCAGUGGAUUUGCACAGCCUCUUAAGGAGGAGCACAAAUUAUUGUUGUGGAGGGUCGUGAUGCCUCUGCACAAACCAAAAACAUUAGGCGUUUAUCAACAACAGCUAACUUACUGUGUCACACAGUUCAUAGAGAAAGAGCCUAAGCUGGCAAGUUCAGUAAUUAAAGGGUUGUUGAGAUAUUGGCCAGUCACAAGUAGUCAAAAGGAAGUUAUGUUUCUGAGUGAGUUGGAGGAAAUCUUGGAGGCUACUAACACGGCAGAACUCCAAGGCUGUAUGAUCCCAUUGUUUCGGAGGAUUGGUUUCUGCAUCAACAGCUCCCACUUCCAGGUUGCAGAGAGGGCCCUGUUCUUGUGGAAUAAUAAUCAUGUGAUUAAUCUGAUGGCACAAAACCGGCAAGCAAUCAUGCCUCUGGUUUUGCCAGCUUUAGAGAGGAACCUCCAGAGUCACUGGAAUCAAACAGUUCUGAAUUUAACACAAUAUGUGAAGAAAAUGUUCUCUGAAAUGGAUGAAGAGCUAGUUUUGGCUUGCAAAAAGAAAUUUGAGGAGAAGGAAAAGAAGCAAAAGACAAUGGAGGAGAAACGGAGAUUGAUCUGGGAGCAUAUGGAGACUAGCACUGCCUUCCAUCCGGUAACUAGAAACACAACAGUCCUGGUGGUACCUGUAAUUGCUCCACCAAUUGCUGCUGCUCUUACGUAGUUGAAGGAUCGGAAAUGGUUUGGGGAAAAUGAGAAGGAAUAGGUUGAAAGGUGUUCAUUCUGCCCAAGUAUUUUAUCUCUCUCUCUCUCUCUCUCUCUCUCUCUCUCCUUGUGUCAUCUCCUCUAAUUACUGUGCUAGAAGUUGUUGCUGUGUGAAGGCAAUGCUUGUGAGAGUAAUCUCAAGCAUUUUGGGCACAUAUGCUAUUUAUUAUGAGCAUGGGCCAAUUUCCUUAUCCCUCGCUUGCUCACUUAUGGUUUUGUCUUAUCACAGUUUUGGAAAUAUUUCUCAAUGUUCUUUGCUAACCCAUCAGCAUGCGAUGCAUGCUUUUGUGGAACACUUUUGAUGAUAGGUGUAACACCUUUUUUUCAGUCAAAAACUAGACUGUUAUAUUA